AACACUCCGAGCAGUCAACUCGCAGAUUAAUUUUCUGACUGGUUUAGAAAGGGGGAAAGCCCAGACAAAAUGCCCAACAGUGAGGACACGAGCGAUGCCUGUAGCAAAGGUCAUGAGGAACCAAAGGACAGAGGAGCUUUGGCUGAUGAAGCCAAAUCUCCAACAGGAAAAGGUGACACCAUUAUGCCUGGCCUCUGCAAACCAGGGAUUCCAUGCUCCAGUCCUCCAAGACUAGUAUCCAUGACGGAAGUUCUGGAAACAGCACAGGAUGUGUCUAACAUGGCCAUUGCACACGAAAUUGUUAUAAACAGCAACUUCCAGAUCCAGAAGAUGGAAUCUCCUCAAAACAGUUUGGAAAGGAAAGUGAAGGAGAUUGUGCACAAAGCCUUCUGGGAUAGCUUGCAGGCCCAGUUGGACGAGAAACCACCACAGUACACCCAGGCCAUCAAGCUGCUGCAAGAAGUUAAAGAGUCACUGUUGUCUCUCCUGCUUCCUGGUCACACCCGUUUGAGGACCCAGAUUAAUGAAGUGCUGGAUAUGGAGCUGCUCGAGCAACAAGCUAAGCACGAUGCAUUGGAUAUCCAGCGAUUGGCUGGCUUCGUCGUAGGCAUGAUGGCAAACCUAUGUGCCCCAGUCAGGGAUACGGAGAUUAAGAAGCUGAAAGGCCUCACAGAAACUGUAUCUCUCUUCAGGGAGAUCUUCCGUGUGCUUGACCUGAUGAAGGUCGACAUGGCGAACUUCACCAUGAAGGCCUUGAAGCCUCACCUACAGCAACAGUCCAUCCAGUACGAGCGCAACAAGUUCCAGGCAUUCCUCGACAAACAGCCCAAUGGUUUGGAGCACACAACUGCCUGGUUAAAGGCAGCAAUUGAGAAAACUGUCAAUUCAGUCUCACCAUCUCGUGGUAACUGUCCAGCAGCAGCAAGCCCCAUAGUGGUGCUGAAUCAAGGCUACAUGAACUUGUUGAAGUGGAGUCAGGACACCAACAUGUAUCCAGAGACUCUGUUGAUGGACAGAUCACGUCUCCAGGAGCUACAGCAGAGAGUUGAUCAGCUGAUUCUGGUGGCCUCCAUCCUAUUGGUAACCAGUAAUAUGGUGGGAGCAGCCAUUUGUGGUUUGCCUGGGUUUGUAGAUAAACUAAAGCAGGUCACUUGUGCCCUGAUGGAUGGGCUGAACUGCAAGUUAGAAGAUGGUCUACUUGCAGUCAGCGACCAGAUACACAGAGAGCUCGUCAAGUCACUUCCUGUUUAUGGGUACUCUCCUCUGACAAAUGAGCAGGGAGUCAUCUUAAAAGGACAAAUCUGCAGCAUUUCACAGAGAGACAAUGUCAUUCGGAACCUGAUUGGUGAGCGGAUUUAUUCAUACCUGAAGGGUUUUCUCAACUCCUCAAGCCCACAGAAUGGCCUUCAUGCUCUUCCUGGUGGCCUUGCUCCAAUUCAGGCAGAGCUAAAGGAGAUUGGUGGCACCUUCAGUCAUAUUCUGCACCACAACAGGAUGGUGUUUGGACCCUUUUACUCCAGCAUUCUGGCGAAGCUGCUGUUCGCUGAUGGUGACGCCGGGAUGGACUCUCGCUGAGUCUG